CUGAAUCAUGCAUCGUAGUUUGAGGCUAUUUCCAAAUAUUUCUAAAAAAAACGUAGCACUGAAUUGUGCAUACGAUUUUGUCAAGUGCAACAUAAUUUAAUUGUUGCUAUGCAUUUUUGCCUAUACCUUUUUUUAAUACCUAGUUUCUAUUAUUAAAAGUGUGCCGAACUUGAAACCUGUUGAUCGAAAACUGGAAUGUGAUUGUUUUCAAGUUUGUUAUGGUGCAUUUCGAUUGUUUUAUCAUAGUUUUAGCAAAAAUAAAAUUUGUAUAAAAAGGGCCAUAUCUUUUGGUAAAAGUACCAGUUUCGUUUGUUCCAUCCAAACAUUGACGUCUCAAUUUAAUUCACCGUUGAAAACCAACCAAAACAAAAACAUUUUCAAAAUGAUGAAAAUCACAUUCGCACUCUUCGUAGCUAUCGUGGGCGUUGCUAUUGCCUUCCCACAAGGUCCAGUUAUAACACGUUCAGAAAUCCGCGAUGACUUCGGUCAAUUUGGAUUGAGCUAUUCGUCUGAAGGUCAAGCUGUCGCUCAACGCGGUGCAUUGAAACCAAUCCAAACUCCAAACGGUUUAGAAAAUGUUCUCGUUCAACAAGGCUCGUACGCUUACUACGGUCCUGAUGGCAAAUUGUACAUGGUGAAUUGGGUUGCCGAUGAAAACGGUUUCCAACCAGUUGGUGACCACUUGCCAGUCGCACCACCAGCACCAAUCGUUCCAGACGUUCCAGCCGUAUCAACCUUUUAAGCUGUAUGUCAAUUUCGCAUUUGGGUUUUACGGUGAAUGAUCUACAUGAUGAUUUUCAUCAAUUGUUAUACUUGUUUGUUUCAUAUCAAAAGUGUUGCAACAAUCGAAACAUUGUUUCGAAAACAAUAAAAUUUCUAAUCGAAAGUAAAAAAUAA